AAAGCGCUUCGAAACUCUCGCUUUUGAGCACUUUCACGGUGUCAAUAACAACAUGAACAACUUUCGAACAAUACUUUUGCCAUAAGAGCCAAAGGAACGGAAGCAGCUAAACUCAACGUUGUUGUGUUCUAUUCAAAAGAGAGGCAUUUUCAACUCGAAAUCAUAUCAGUCGUAGUGAGUUGGAAGUUUGGCGGCCCGGCCUAUGAGAUGAAGUUUUUCCUGUUGCUGGCACUGUUAGACGUUGCGGCUAUUAUUCAAGCUGAGAAAGUGAUAUUGAUCGAAAAAAAGCUUGAAGUAAGGAAGAGAGGAGAAUGUGUCACAUUCAAAGGUGAACACUACUUCAGAGUGAACGGUACACUUACAUGGACGCGCGAGUCAAAACCCUUGCCAAGUAGCGACCGCUUUGUUAUCUCAGAUGGGGGCAAAACACUUAAAAUUAAUCAACUGGAGGAAUCAGAUACGGCCCUUUAUUCAUCCACGAUACAAACUGAGGGUGGAUCAGAAAUAACUCGGCACUGGAUUGUAGUAAAAGGUUGCGAUGUAAAUGAGAAAAAGACUGAACUCAACGGCUGUGAAAAAUCUUGUAAACCCAUGUGUCUGAAAGAUUGGCAUUAUUCUAAUGGCAAGUGCUACCGAUAUUUCUCUAAACCGAAGACUUGGCUGAACGCAUAUUUUUACUGCCAGGGACAAUUUGGAGCCAAACUUGCUACCAUCGACAAUAGCGUGGAAAAUAAAUUUGUAGGAGGGCUUCUUGAGUCAGGCGACGGUGCUUGGAUUGGAUUGAACGACAGAAGUAAAGAAUCACGGUACUUGUGGAACUACAACAAGUUUGAUACGCCAAGAUAUUUUGCAUGGGACGAAACCAAUCCCUCCAACACUGAACCGAACAACUUUAACGGACAGUGCAACGUAGAGAGUUGUGUAGAGAUGAAAACCACCAAUAAGAAGUGGAACGACGCGGUUUGUAUAGCCCACAGGAAUUUUGUAUGUGAGAGGGAGUCCAUAAAAGGUCUCUCUGGCUGGGAAUGUCCAGGUAAUGGUAUGUGUUACUGGUACGCGCGCGAGACUGUCACGUGGGACCGGGCGCGACAGAAGUGCAGAGACAACAAUGCUAGGCUCGUAAAGAUAACCAGUAGCUCAAAAAACAGGUUGAUCGGAGAUAUGAUAAAAACAAACAUAUGGAUUGGACUUAACGACCGAGUGGAAGCUGGGAUAUAUGUAUGGAACGACAUAGGCCAAGGAGAAUUCAACAACCGAUCUUCAUAUUUCAACUGGGACAGAGACGAACCAAAUGACAAACAUUAUGACAGCGGUGCACCAACGAGGUGCGAUGGCGAGGAUUGUGUUAAUAUCCAUAUUAGGAAUGGUGAAGUGACUUGGUUUGACUUAAACUGCGAGAUCGCGCUGCCAUUUGUCUGUGAAAAGAGCCGAGACCCCUAUUUAAGCUUUGCUGCGUGGAUAGCCAUUUCAAUGGGUGUAGGACUCUUACUCAGUAUAAUUGGUGGACGAGCCUACAUGGAGCUUAUACAUCGGCGAGGACGCAAGCAGGUGAAGCAGAUGAUAGGGGAAGCCACUGAUAACGAUGAAAAGAAAGACUAGAGCAGUAAAAAAACAAUUUAUAAAAGAAAUGACUGUUGUUUGAAAGCUGGAUCAGGACCUGGUUUUUGCAGCCGUCACGCAACGCGCUCUCUUUUCCAUAGUGUCUUGCGUGACAAGACUAACCGACGGCUGUGAUGGAGAGUCGUUACCACGAUCCGCUCCUUCAAAACUUCCAACCCCAAAAAAAUACAAACAAGGAUGACUUAAGCUCAUUCUAGUUUAGUUUCUCAACUCCAGAUAAUCCCUUUUAGAAACAUGUUCGGAUGAAGUCAUCGAACUUUGUUCC